AUGUCAUUUCAUCAAUCUUGUCGGAACAUCCAUAUCGUGCCUGAGCAUGGCCACACGAUGUUGCUGGCUGAAGUUCGCAAUAUCCAAGGAAAAUAUAUUCCCCGGAAGAUUCGUUUAGAUGAUCACAUUGGAAAUACUGACGGCUGGUUCAUCUGGGGUGGAUCUAAUUUCACUCAUUCUGCAAGGAACGUUGCACUAGAGGAAACUCCAUGGGGCCCCAAACUUUGCGCCGAUCUACCAAUGAUAAAUGGCGGCUCUCGAGGCCGCCAGGGUAUGAUGUUGUCCGAUAAGAUCCAGAAUAAUGAUGGCCGUCUCAAGUUCCUCGUGAGUGUAGAUAAUACUAUUGGUGCACAACUAGCCAUGCUGAUAUUAUUCUAG